AUGGAUUUGUCGGAUUAUCAAAGGUAACUCUUCACUUUUCGCUAUUUAAAAUUUCAUUAUUCAUCUGUGCAGAGUUGUGCAAAAUAUCCGCCGUCCGAUUUUCAUGCAACAUUCGAAACGAAUCACAAUUCCUCUCAAUGAACUCGAUGAUUUGGCCACCGAUGUUUAUAAAUCAUUUCAAAACGGCCCAAUGCAUUCAUAUUAUGAACGAUUGACGCUGGAAAAUUUCGUCAAAAUGAUUCGGUAUUGCCUCAAAGUUCGAUUGAAUUAUGUUGCGCCGGUGCCGAAAAUUGAUAUUAGUAAUUAUGAUCACAUAAAAUUGCCCAAAAUAAUUGCUGAUGUUAUGAAUGUUUAUGGAGCAUUCAAAUCGAGUUUCGGACUUCAAUUUUUUCCAAUAGCAGGAGAAGAAGGAGACGAAGAUGAUGUUUGGGACAAAUAUUGUGAUCUUUUCAAUUUUCCAUCAGUGAAAACUUCUGGAUUCAGCAAAAAUCAUAAUGGAACUCCAGCAUGGAUGCUGAAAGUUUCGAUACAUACCGAUUUUUACUCGACCAUUAUCCGAUCACAGGUCAGCUUCCAACCGAUUGAUGCGUUUUUUGGCGCAUUGAUCUCUACAAAUCGUGAUUGUGUUGCGUUCGAGGGAAGAACAGAGUUCUCAUUUUAUACGACGAUUCCAAGCAGCGCCCGCAGACUUCGAUGUGGAUGUUAUUAAAUUCUUCUUGUUUUAUUAUUUUUAUUUGUUGGAAAUAAAUUUGUUGUUGAAAUUAAUUGCGUUUUGACAAGAAGAAAAAAUGAGGUCACGUUCGAAAUUUUAAGAUUUUUGGACUUUUUCAUUUUCGAAAAAUAUGGAGAGAUUUCAUAAAAGUGGUUGAACAGAAGAAACAUUUGGCGUACCAAACAUUUUUCCGACAAUUUUUGGUAAGCCAAAACACAGAGGGUAAUUCACUACCUCAAACCGCUAGACAUCAAAUUUUUCUAAAUAAUUUUCUGGUAGAUCAAAAAUAUUUCUCUCUAAAUCUCUCACUUUUGUGUUGAAUUUCGUCGUUUCUAGUCCCACCCCUAAGAUUGUGUCAGGUCUCAAAAAAUGCGGGAAAAUUUUCGGGUAAUAAAUUACACGCUGUGCAAAAUUUUUCUUCAGUCAAUUUCUCUGGUUUAAAAUUCAUAAAGUUCCUGAAAAUGAAUUUUAAAUCUAUGAACAAAGUUCUGAUGAAAAUUCAAAAUAUUUGAAUUUUUUCCAGGCGGUCCCCACUACUCCGAUUUCCUCGACGCCCUCUGGAUAGCUCAAAACGAGCGCGUCACCGAGUUAACCCAAGCCAACGCUCAAUCCUUCCUUCAAACCGAAUUGAACAGUCAAAUGACAAUGUUGCGAUUGUUGUGUGAUUUCGGCGACGCUGUCGCCACACAACAUCAACAUUUGAAUGUUUUGGAGUUGGAGGAACAAGUGGAAUAA